AUGAUUCAAGAGUUGAAAUUGAAUCAUGGCUUAUUCUUGGAUGGACAUAGCAUAAUACCAAGUAAACAAGCAAUUUUUGCGGAACAUGGUGAAUUGUGUAUAAGUUUAUAUAAAGAACAACCAAUUGUAUACACACCAAUGAAUCUGCUCAGCAACAAUUUUGAUAAGGAUAAUUUUAAUAACGAUUUACAAUCAUAUGAUGCAUGUGUUAAUUUCCCAGUUGCUGAAAUCAUCUAUAAAGGCGAUCUUUUGGAAUCCUUCUUGGAACAUGACGAAAAACUCCAUGAAUUAUACGGUCAUGUUUUUGCUAGAAAAGUUUUACUCGGUGGAAAAUUAUUUAUCAAAGAAUUUAAUUCUAUCACUCAAAAACAAGUUGAUAUUUUUAAAUUUCUUUUGUUAUCUGCAUAUAAUUUCGCUAAAUUUAACACACUCGCUCCACUUAACAAAUUUUCGGUUUCACGGUUUUUACCAAAAGUAGAAACUUUAAACGGGAAAAUGUUGGAUACUCCUGAAAAAUUGUUCGAUUGGAUUAGUAAUUUAUAUCAAAAGGAUAUGUUUGAUAUCAUUUCCUAUAAUGAUCUCAUACCCGUUUCUCAAUUAAGAUCCAAUUCAAGAUCAGAAGAUAAUUUUAAAGCACUAUUAGAGAAACAACCUAGAGUUGUUAACUUUAAGGAGAAAUUAAGUUUGGAAGAUUGGGUUGGAAAUGCAAAUUAUGUUAAUUUAAUUGCGGCGAAAUUUGUCCAAUUACCAAAUAUCGAGUCAAGAAAUAGAUGUUACUUGGAAGUAAUCAGGCCAACAACAAAUGUGGAAGAACGUUUAAUUAACAAUAACAUCUUCUCAAUUAAGGAUUUAAAACCUUUUCCCUUUGUUAAUGACAUUGAGUCUGAUAAUCCAAGUAAUUGUGAUUAUGAUUUUCUCGUCAAAUUUGAACAAUAUGAAAUUGUAAUGAAUCAGGAUCAUAUAACACCUUCAGCAUUUGAACAAGCCAUAAACGAAGCGUUGAAAAAUGUGAAUCCAUUCAACGCUUUACAAAGUGUAUUUGAUGAAUUUGGUCACUGGUUUCCUCAAAAAAUCAUUUUGGGAAGAUGUUUUAAAAGGAAAAUACCGAAUCCUGAUUUUGAUAAAAUUGAUUUAGAAUCACCUAAAUUCGAAAAUUUGAAACCAUACUUGGAUAAUUUAAAUCUUUCAUACCUUCUAACAGGACAAGGAAACAUUAUUCAAAAUAAUGAAUUAUCUGAUUUGAUGCGAAAUUUAAAUUCACAACUACUGGUUUUACAGCCAGGAGCCUCCUCCUUUUUCCGUGGUUUAUGA